AUGCUGUCAUCAGCCUGCUCUAUUUUAGCUAAAGGUUCCCUUUCUGCAACCAGAGGAUUAUCUUGUUCUGCUGCUGGUAUGGCGAAAGUACGUAUCGAGAGAGAUACAUUCGGAGAACUUGAAGUUCCAGCUGAUAAGUACUAUGGAGCUCAAACCAAGAGAUCUUCCAUCAACUUCAAAAUUGGAGGACCAGAAGAGCGUAUGCCCCUUCCAGUAAUCCAUGCUUUCGGUAUCUUGAAGAAAUCCGCUGCUUUAGUUAACACAGAAUUCGGUCUUGAUAAGAAGAUUGCUGAGGCUAUCUCCCAAGCUGCCGACGAAGUAACUGCCGGCAAACUCGAUGAGCACUUCCCACUUGUCACAUGGCAAACUGGAUCUGGAACUCAAUCCAACAUGAAUGUCAAUGAAGUUAUUUCUAACAGAGCCAUUGAAAUUCUUGGAGGAGAACUCGGCUCCAAGAAGCCAGUUCACCCUAAUGACCAUGUUAACAUGAGUCAGUCUUCCAAUGACACAUUCCCUACUGCCAUGCACAUUGCUGUUGCUCGUGAGGUUAACUCUCGUCUCUUGCCUGCCUUGAAGCAAAUGCGUUCAUCUCUUCACAAGAAAGCUGAAGAGUUCAAGGAUAUCAUCAAGAUUGGAAGAACUCACACCCAAGAUGCUGUUCCUUUGACUCUUGGACAGGAAUUCUCAGCUUACGUUACUCAACUCGACAACGGAAUUGCUCGUGUUGAAGCUACUUUACCUCGUCUUUAUGAAUUAGCUGCUGGUGGAACUGCUGUAGGAACUGGAUUGAAUACUCGUAUCGGUUUCGCUGAGAAAGUUGCCCAGAAAGUUUCUGAUCUCACUGGCUUGCCUUUCGUCACCGCUCCCAACAAGUUCGAGGCUCUUGCUGCUCACGAUGCUCUCGCUGAAGUUCAUGGAGCCCUCAACGUAGUUGCCUGCUCCUUCAUGAAGAUUGGUAACGAUAUUAGAUUCUUGGGAUCUGGACCACGUUGUGGAUUGGGAGAACUCUCUCUCCCUGAGAACGAACCUGGAAGCUCUAUCAUGCCCGGCAAAGUCAAUCCAACUCAAUGUGAAGCCAUUACCAUGGUCUCAGCCCAAGUAAUGGGAAAUCAAGUUGCCGUAUCCGUCGGAGCUUCCAAUGGACACUUCGAAUUGAACGUUUUCAAGCCACUCAUUGUCCGUAACGUUCUUCAAUCCACCAGACUUCUUGCUGACUCUGCCGUAUCUUUCUCAGAACACUGCGUUGACGGAAUCGUAGCCAACAAGGACAACAUUGCUAAGAUCAUGAGAGAAUCUCUUAUGUUGGUCACUGCCCUCAAUCCUCAUAUUGGUUACGACAAUGCUGCCAAGAUUGCCAAGACCGCUCACAAGAACGGAACAACUCUUAAGGAAGAAGCCGUCAAGCUCGGUAUCCUCAAUGAGGAACAGUUCCAACAAUGGGUGAAGCCAGAGAACAUGCUUGGACCCAAGUAA